AUGUCAGACUAUAAUUGGUUUGAAGGAAUACCUUUCCGUGCCAUCAGGUUUAAAAAAGAAAUUAUUGAAGAGAUUCGUAAUAACUUCGUGAUGAGAGAUGAAGACACAGUCAUAGUGACUUACCCCAAAUCAGGAACACACUGGCUGAUUGAGAUAGUCUGCUUGAUUCAGACCAAAGGAAAUCCCAAGUGGAUCCAAUCUGUGCCCAUCUGGGAACGCUCACCUUGGAUAGAGACUCAAUUAGGAUAUUCAAUAGUAAUCAGUAAGGAAGGACCACGCCUCAUCAGCUCCCACCUUCCCUUCCAUCUUUUCCCCAAGUCUUUCUUCAGUUCCAAGGCCAAGAUUCUCUAUUUCAUAAGAAAUCCCAGAGAUGUUCUUGUGUCUAGCUAUUUUUUCUGGGGUAAGACAAAUCUUAUUAAGAAUCCAGAGUCACUGGGAACUUAUUUUGAAUGGUUCCUCAAAGGAAAUGUCUUAUAUGGAUCAUGGUUUGAGCACACCCGCGGCUGGCUGUCCAUGAGAAAAUGGAGCAAUUUUCUGAUGUUAAGCUAUGAAGACAUGAAAAAGGACACAAGAGGAACCAUAGAGAAGAUCUGUGACUUCCUAGGAAAGAAAUUAGAGCCAGAUGAGCUGGAUCUGGUCCUCAAGCACAGCUCCCUCCAAUCCAUGAAAGAAAAUAACAUGUGCAACUAUAGCCUCAUAACUAAAGAUUUGGUUACUGACAGCUUGGUGCUCAUGAGAAAAGGCACAACUGGAGACUGGAAGAAUCACAUUACAGUAGCACAAGCUGAGGCCUUUGAUAAAGCAUUCCAGGAAAACAUGGCUGGAUUUCCUCCAGAGCUGUUCCCAUGGAAAUAA